GUGGACUGAUGAUAGCUUGACCAUUCAUCAUGUACCUGCCUGGAAUGUCCACCUCCCCCUUCCUUUAUCACAACACAUAAAAGGUUUCAGUCCUGUUUUUGCACAGUGUUCCAGGACAAAACACAUGGGGCAGUUUGCUUAAACGUCUGACUAACUUUUCCUUUUGUUGAUUUGACCUUUCUGUGAGAAUGACCCCUGUGGUUGUUGGCUCUUUUGCAGCUGCAGACUAUGUGGUGUUUGCUUGCAUGCUGGCUGUGUCCGCUGCCAUCGGAGUCUAUUACGCGUGGACAGACAGGGGCACGAGGAGCUCAGAAGAUUUCUUGACAGGAGGACGGAGGCUCACCGCUCUUCCUGUCUCCCUGUCACUGACCGCCAGCUUCAUGUCAGCCAUCACAGUGCUCUCCAAUCCGGCAGAGGUGUACCGCUAUGGAGGCAGUAUUGCACUUUACUGUCUCUCAUAUGUCAUAACUAUGGUGGUGACAUCUGAGGUGUUCCUUCCAGUCUUCUACAGGUUGGCCGUCACCAGCACUUAUGAAUAUUUGGAACUACGUUUUAACAGAGCGACCCGCCUACUUGGAACAUUUCUCUUCAUUGUGCAGACUAUUCUGUACACUGGAAUAGUCAUCUACACACCAGCCCUUGCUUUAAACCAAGUGACUGGUAUGGACCUUUGGAGUGCGGUGAUUUCCACUGGUGUUGUCUGCACCUUUUACUGUACAAUGGGUGGUCUAAAAGCAGUUGUUUGGACAGAUGUGUUCCAGGUUGGCGUCAUGCUUGCAGGCUUCCUGUCAGUCAUCAUCAGGUCUGUCAUCCUCCAAGGUGGAGUUGGCCCCAUCCUUUCAGACUCUCAACAUGGAGGGAGGCUCAACAUUUGGGACUUUGACCCAAACCCACUAAGACGACACACUUUCUGGACGGUAACCUUUGGCGGUACAUUUGUCUGGGUCAGCAUCUACGGUAUAAACCAGGCUCAGGUUCAGCGGUACAUCUCCUGCAAGAGCAUCGCUCAUGCCAGACUAUCUUUGUUCAUCAACCUGAUAGGCAUGUGGUGCAUCUUGCUGUCGUCAGUAUUGGCAGGAAUGUGCCUCUAUUCAGUGUACAAGAACUGCGACCCAUGGACGUCCGGGAUGGUGUCUGCCCCAGAUCAGUUGAUGCCAUAUUUGGUGAUGGACAUCUUGGGAGACUAUCCGGGCCUUCCUGGAUUGUUUGUUGCAGCAGCUUACAGCGGAUCACUAAGCACAGUGUCUUCUAGCAUCAACGCAUUAGCUGCAGUGACUGUCGAGGACCUGAUUAUACCACACGUGCAGAUGUCUGAGAGGCACCUGUCCUGGACCUCCAAAGUCCUGAGCUUUUUAUAUGGUGCUGUAUGCAUUGGAAUGGCAGGGGUGGCUUCUCUCAUGGGUGGAAUAUUGCAGGCCACCAUCAGCAUAUUUGGCAUCAUUGGAGGUCCUUUACUUGGACUCUUCUCUUUGGGCAUCCUCUGUCCGUUUGCAAACUCCAAAGGAGCUUUGUCUGGUCUGGUGGCAGGCCUUGUUGUGUCUCUGUGGGUGGGCAUCGGUGCCCAGAUAUACCCUCCAUCUUCUGAGAUGAGCCGACCACUGUCACUCACCACUGAGGGCUGUAACAUCAGCACUCCGGAGAGCUUCAACUGGACCUCUACUGCUCUGCCGACAAACACCAGCCCCAUCGCGGCCUCUCCAGUGCAGCUCAGUGAUGACAAGAAUCUGCUGGAUAGCUGGUACUCUCUGUCCUACCUUUACUUCAGCACCAUUGGAACCAUAACAACCAUCAUUUUAGGCCUGCUUGUCAGCCUUUUCACUGGAGGUUGGAAGCACAAAGUGGAACCAAGGCUGAUCUUCAUGAAGAGAGACACUGCUCUCUUCUUUAUACUGAAGCAUGUGGCAAGAAGUGGCAAUCUUGACCUGAUACAAGACAAAGAGAAGAACCAUGGCACCAUAAAUCCCACAUUCUGCGACGCUGAGCUGGACUUAACGAAAUGCAACAUGCCUGCAUCUCUUUGAUGUUUUAUGUUUUGUGGCAUUGUUGCUAUCCUCUGUGAUUGUGAAGGGUGACCCAUUGCACAACCACAUUACAGAUAUUGAGGACAUAGUUACAGUUGCUGGAUUAAUCAGCUGAUUAUCACCAUAACAUCCACUGUUUACAACUAUUUUAUCAACAUUUCUGUAGUUUUUUAUUUUCUUGUACAAUUAUACAUACUAGAACAUACUUACAAAUGUACAGACUAAACUUACAUACAUUAACAUUGAUUUGUCACACACCCUGUUCACACAAAAGGGGUGGAAAUAAUUCCCUUGUACAUUAUAUAACAUUACCUCUGUGGCAAAUCAAGAUUCUCAUGGAGAAUCUAUGGUUGGAUGGCUGUUUUGUUCUUACUCCAAAUUACAAUGUGCAAUUACACUGUUGAAAAAAACACUGUUGAAUGAACGUGAAAUAUGAAUAAUUAUUGUAAAUGU